AUGAGUAAUGGUAAACGCAGGCGAAUGAUCGACAGACACAUGACGUGUUCACCGCAGACAAAGGCGGCCUGGUGGCUAGCGACGUUCCUGAGCGUAUUUGUCACAGGUGAAAUGCCAAUUCAAGGCGAGUUGGAGCCGGAGUUUCUGCAAGCCCUGGAGAACCACACCGUCACACAGGGGCGCGACGUGCACUUCACCUGUGUCGUCAACCACCUCUCCAAUUACCGGUGCUCUGCUUUGAUCUUCAAAACGAAUAAAUCUAUUGCAGGUGCAAAUUUUGCCAUAGGAAGCUACAGCGAUCUAAAAUUCCAGGUGGCGUGGAUAAAGUCGGACUCAAAGGCGAUCCUGGCGAUCCACACGAAUAUGGUGGCGCUCAACCCGCGGCUGUCUGUUACCUACAACAACCACAACACGUGGAAGCUGCACGUCAGCAACGUCCAAGCCAACGACUCUGGCACCUACAUGUGUCAGGUCAACACUGACCCUAUGAAGAGUCAAAUGGGCCACCUAUCAGUAGUGAUCCCGCCAGACAUCGUGGAUUCCGUGACGGAGGGGAGUUCAGCAAGAGAAGGAGGCAGUAUACGCUUGACAUGCUCCGCGACGGGAGUCCCGCCGCCCACGGUGAUGUGGCGCAGGGAACAUAACAAGCCCAUUGUGUUCAGGGCCGAAGGAGGAAAGGAAAGGAAAGUGGUGAGCAACCACAAGGGCGAGAGUCUGGAGCUGUCUCACGUGUUGCGAACAGACAUGGGCGCGUACUACUGCAUCGCUAGCAACGGCAUCCCGCCCACCGUCAGCCGGCGGUACCACGUCCAGGUGCAUUUUAUACCACAAGUGAAGGUGUCAAACCAGCUGGUCGGCGCUCCGUUGGGCAGCGAGCUACAGCUGCAGUGCUACAUCGAAGCUGCUCCCAAAGCCAUGAACUCCUGGUACCGGGAAGACGGCAAGUCCUUAGUGAGUGACAAGCUGCUAGACAACGCGAAACUGAGGGUCACGGAGACGGUGGUGAACGAAUACGCGCUCUGGAUGAACCUGACCAUCAAGAGCCUCGCGCCCUCAGACUUCGGCACUUACGUGUGUGCCUCCGUCAACGCACUCGGCAAGAUGGAGAGCCAAGUCAGCGUGCAUAGAUUAGAACUUAACAUGAACGGGUUCGCCGAGGAGCCGAUGGUGUCAGGCGCGGCAUGGCAGCGUGCGCGCAGCCCCCCUGCGCUGCGCCCCGCGGCCUCCCACGCACACUACUUUCUAGCCCACCAUCUACCACCACAACUGUACGCUCUACUACUUACCACACUUCGAUAUGUACAUAAUUUUUAAGCUGUAUUAUGAUGAAAAAGGAGGUCGCUAGCUCUUUAUUAAAUUGACAUAGGGAUUUUUGGGCCAUUAGGUAGUGGUCGGAAUGGGUCAUCAAAUCAUGAAAAGAUGAAAGAACACCAUGGCACAUCUCUAUCUUGAUGGUCGUGUAAACACGUACCUAUUCCCCUCUCUAUUACCGGGACUUCACUAGCGUAAUAGUUUGCAUGCCUACUUGUUUCAAGUCUAUUAUGUGGUUUUACCCUAACAAUAACUAACCUUGGCUUAAAAUCCAACGACUAGACCUUUACUUCUAUUAUUUUUAAGGUGGUAAUUAGUAACGUUCUAUAAAACGUGAACAAUAGCAUUUUAGAUCCCCUCCAAAUUCAAAAAAAUGCCGGUUUGUAAAGAGCUUGCGACGAACAAGGAAACUCUAAAAAAGUCGUUACACUUCCUCAAUGUAAAUGAUUACACAACCUGAUAAAUAAACAAAUGUUCAUUCACACGGAAGUGGUAUUAUCAUAAAUGGCUGAAUUCGAAUCAGAAAAUCAAAUUUAACAUCAACUUGAAACCUGACCGUGUUUACAUUUCAAUGAGUUUCUAUUAAAUUAACAAAAACAUAUUAUAAUAGACGACAUAACUAGCCAUUUGGAAAGUUAUUCAUUUCAUUGAAUAUUCGAAUAGUGAAUUAUUGAAUAACAAAAGCAUGAAGGACUCUCUUCUUAUCCAUUAUCGUUAUUUCCACUGACAAUGUGAUAUUUUUUGUAAAAUAAAUGCCUAGUUGUAAUAAUAAAUAAUGUUAAUUA